AUGAGCACUCACACCUCAACUUGGUCUGCCGUGCGAGCUGAAUGGCGUGCCAUCGGUAUCUGUCUCUUCAUCACGAUCGGUGCCAUCCAAUUUGGCUUCGACUCCUCCUACUAUUCGGGAAUCCUUGCGAUGGAACCAUUCAUCAAGGCAUACGGACACUACGACUCUUCAACAGGGACUUACAUUCUAUCUUCGAAGAUCCAGUCCUUGACUACUAGUAUCAUUAAUGUUGGUGAGCUUGUCGGAGCUGUCUCAUCUUACAUAAUUGGUGACCAUCUUGGCCGUCGCGGUGGAUUGUUUGUCUCCAGCUUCAUGGUUGUGCUGGGAGUUGUAUUCCAGACCGCGAGCCAUUACCUUGGGAUGCUCAUAGUUGGUCGAUUGGUUCUGGGAUAUGCUGUCGGAUUGAUUUCCUGCUUGGUCCCCCUAUAUGUGGCAGACUGUGCGCCUGCUCGGUUUCGUGGAGCACUUGUGUCCAUGUACCAAUUCAAUGUUGGGAUCGGCCUUCUGUUGGGUGUGAUUGUCGACAAUGCAACCAAGGACCGUGAUGACAGCGGCUCGUACCGCAUACCGAUGGCAGUGCAGCUGAUCUUUCCAAUCAUGCUCGUUCCCGGGUUGAUCUCCUUUAUACCGGAAUCACCCCGCUGGCUAUUGGCAAAAGGUCGAGUUGAAGAGGCAAGAACUGCCUUGCAAUGUUUGCAUGGAAACAGACCGGAAUUUAUUGAAGAGGACAUCGAAUACAUUGUCAAGACCAUCGAGGAAGAGCAGCGCCAUGACUCUUCCUGGCGUGAGGUAUUCACUUGGGGACCAGAAGGCCGCAAGGCUUAUAUUGGCAUGGCCCUUCAAGCAUGGCAACAAGCAUCGGGCAUCAAUUUCAUCACAGGCUACGGUAUCGUAUUUUUCAGCACAAUUGGAAUCACGAACUCCUUCCUGAUCCAAAUCGGAUUAUACCUCGUUGGGUUCCCAGCACUAUGGGCAAACCAAUACACAAUUGAGCGCUUCGGCCGCCGGCCUAUGCUUCUUGUAACCGUGUGUGCCUUGGUAGCAGUUCUCCUUAUUGUCGGCGGAUGCGGCGUGGCACCGACCAAAUCUCUUGCCCUGGACCGCACAAUCGUUGCCAUGGUCUAUGUUUUCAUGAUUGUUUUCAAUCUUUCUCUUGGCCCAGCAGUUUGGGUAGUCACUUCUGAGAUCUCUACCGGCCAUAAUCGCAACAAACUUAUGGCUUCCUCCACCGCUACGAACUGGUUCUGCAGCUGGCUGGUUACUUUUACAUUCCCGUACCUGUUCAAUAGUGACGGGGCAAAUCUUGGUGCUAGCGUGGGCUUCAUCUUCGCCGGCUUGUUGGCUGCUGCAGCAGUGUGGAUAUUUGUCUUCCUGCCCGAGACAUCUGGACGUUCUCUGGAGGAGAUUCAGACACUUUUUGCAAACCAUGUGCCUGCACGUAAAUUCAAAUCAUAUGUCAUCCCCGGCGCAGUUCACGUCGUUGAUUUGGAGGAGGAAAAGACCAGCCAGGUCGUUCAAGUCGAGCAACCUUGA